GAACUCCGCGCCGCGCGAGCUCGGGCACGAGGACCCUCUCCACCGCCGGCUCCGACGACCGGGGCCGCGGAAGGAGGUGGACGGAGGAAAAGCGCGAGCGGCGCCCGAUGGAAACGUCAUCAGAGAGCACCGGAAGUGGCCCCAGAAUGAGGAGUGUAAUCUACCACGCCCUCUCCCAGAAGGAGGCCAAGGAGCUGGACAUCCAGCGCCCAGGAGCCGAGCGCGCCGAGGCCUUCCUGCAGGCCUUCCUGAGGCGCUGCACGCCCCACAUGAGCCAGAGCGCCCGCGAGGACCAGCUGCAGCGCAAGGCCGUGGUGCUGGAGUACUUCACCCGCCGGAGGGGCAGGGAGCCCAGGAGGCGGGCCCGGGGCCUGUCCGCGCGGCAGAGGAGGGCGCUGCGGCUCUUCGACAUCAAGCCAGAGCAGCAGAGGUACGACCUCUUUCUCCCCCUGCACGAGCUCUGGAAACAGUACAUCCGGGACCUGUGCAAUGGCCUCAGGCCAGACACGCAGCCCCAGGCCAUCCAGGCCAAGCUGUUGAAGGCAGAUCUCCACGGCGCCGUUGUUUCAGGUGAGGGCCUGAGAGCACGUGGCACGCGGGCGGCUCACGGGGACGUGAGUGACCUGGCUGUGCCGGGGGACCCCGCCAGCCGGUUUCCUGGUAGCUCAUUUCUAGAACCUCGUGGGCAGGGCUGCAGCAGGCGGGCUUGUGCCGGGCCCCCACGCGGUCUCUCCUCCGCAGUGAUCCCCAAGCUGGGCUGUGUGUUCUCCGUGGAAACCGACGGCUUCGUUUCCUACAUUCACGGGAGCAAAUUCCAGCUCCGGUCGAGCGAGCGGUCCGCCAAGAAGUUCAAAGCGAAGGGAACCAUGGACCUGUGAGCACUGCGGCCCACGGGGUCACGGCCGAGAGGAACGCCGGCCCGAGCCCAGCUCCUGGGAGACGGCAGGCACUUCCGGGGAGACCACCCCGGUCGGUAGGACACUGGGAAGAAACACCUGGUGUCGGGGAGCAGGGUGCACACUUCCGGGGGCCUGCGUGUUCCUCCCUCCCGAGGAGAGAGGGGCAGGAGACACCAAGCGGCCCUGUUGCCUCGUGGGCGUGGGGGCUCCGCCGCCUGUCCUGCGUCUGCUGCUCUGUGACACGCGCUGUCUGUGAUAAUAAAAGCAUUUGGGCCUU